AUGGACCAGACAGAAGCUCGUGCUGUGAUCAAGUAUCUCAAUAAAAAGGGGAUGAUUUCCAAAGAUAUCCGCAAAGACAUGGUCACGACACUUGGUCAGGACUCCCCUUCUUAUUCCACUGUGAAGAAGUGGGUUGUUAACUUUAAAACAGUUAAGAGCAGCAAUCAAAGAGAAAAGAAGAGGAAAGCUUCGAGCUGGAGUGCUGUUUCUCCAGGACAAUGCACCUGUCCACACAGCACAGGUGGCUUUGAACCCUUACCUCACCCUUCCUACUCACCUGACCUGGCACCAUUGGACUUCUACCUGUUUCCUAAACUGAAGUUCCACUUGCGUGGUCAUCGUUUUGAGACUGAUGAUGACGUCAUCCAAGCUGUUGAGGCCUAUCUAAGGGAUCAAGAUGAAACCUUCUUCCAGCGGGGAAUAGAAAAACUGGAACAUUGA